AUGGCAACAGCUAUAUCCAUUGAGUCAAUUGACCAGCUAGAGCACCAAGUGACGGAGUCACUGGUGGCUUUCCGAAGCCAACAUGAUGAGGCAGAUCGCGUCGCGGCCCUGAAGGCAGCGCAAAAGCUAGUGAAUGCACUACAGAAGCCGCAAGAUUCGGUCUAUCAUCUGGCAUAUUCUCCUACUCAAGCCAUGUGUGUGCGUAUUGCCCUCGACAUGGGUAUAUUCACAACGCUGACGGAGCGUAAUGGACCGGUGUCGCUCGAUGACCUGGCAGCCGUGAAAAACGCCAGUCCAAUCCUGGUCGAACGAGUCUUGCGUGUCUUAGUUGGAAUUGACUAUGUUGGCGAAUGCGGCACCCGGAUCUACAUCCCAACUACAAUGACGCGCCAACUGACUGACCGGCUCAGUAUCUCGGUGAUCAAGUUAAUAUUUGAUGUUGGCAUGCCCACUCUUGCCAAAACCCCCGAGUUCCUCCGUCGCCAGCAACACCAGAGCUCCGAGGGCGUGACUAAAGGUCCAUUCCAAUUCGCCGAGAAGAUCGACGAAUCGAUCUGGAGCUGGUUCGAACAAAAUCCCGAGAAACUUGACCUUUGCGAUACCUUCAUGGAGGGUGACCGCGGCGCACGACCCAGUUGGCUUGAAUGGUUCCCUGUGGAACAGCGUCUUCUGGGUGGUGCUCAAGCUGAUGCGGAGACGCUUAUGGUCGAUAUUGCAGGGGGUCGAGGCCACGAUCUUGCAGCAUUUUUGGAACGCUAUCCGGAGGUGAAAGGUCGCUUAGUGCUCGAAGAUCAGCCACAUGUUUUGAAAGAUAGCACUAUAGACACGGAGCGUAUCGAAAAACUACCAUUUGACCUUUUUAAGCCACAGCCUAUUCAUGGCGCUCGCAUUUAUUAUAUGAAAUUCAUUCUUCAUGACUGGUCCGACGAGGACAAUCAAACCAUUCUUACCCAGCUGGCUGGUGCAAUGAAGCAGGGCUACUCGAAACUGAUAAUUGAAGAGUUUGUGCUGGCAGAUCGCGAUAAUGCUAUGUUACCAGCGAUGUGGGAUUGGGUCAUGAUGAUUUUCUGUAACGGCAUGGAGCGCUCCCAGUCCCAAUGGACUCGCUUGCUAGAAGCUGCUGGUUUCCAGAUUAUCAAAUUCUGGGGACCACCUGGUGACGGGCAAAGCAUCAUAGAAGCCGAACUCAAGUAG